UCUAGGAGAAAAGGAGUUCUAUAGCCUUACAACGUUGAAGAUGAGUGAGCAGCAGGAGUUUUGUCUGCGCUGGAAUGACUUCCACAGUAGCUUCCACCUGUCGCUGGAGGCGCUGCGCGGAGAUGAGUCCUUCACCGACGUGACUUUGUCCUGCUCUGGCCGGCUGAUGCGCGCGCACAGAGUCAUCCUCUCAGCCUGCUCAGUUCACUUCAAGGAGAUCCUUCGGGCCAUCCCGCCGCAGCAGCACCCCGUCAUCGUGCUGCCCACCGUCGACUAUGACGUCAUGCAGGCGAUCCUCGAGUUCAUCUAUCAGGGCCAGGUGAACGUGCGCCAGUCGCAGCUGGGCGCCUUCCUGCAGGUGGCCGAGACGUUCUCCAUCCAGGGACUGGCAGACGACGAGACCAAAAGGAACGCCGCAAAGACGCCGGCCCGCUCGAGGCCGGCCGACUCGGAGCCGCCGGCCCCCAAGCGGCGGCGCGCCGAGCCGGUGCCGGCCCGCUCCCAGUCGCCGCCGGCCGCCGACGCCGCGGCCGUGGCGGUCUCGCCGUCGGCCGAACGGCGCCCCGAGCCGGCCGCCCAGCCGGCCGACAAGACGGUCAACAUCAGCGUCAGCAUCAAGGCCGAGGGCAUGUCGGACACGAUGGUGGGCGAGCUGCUGGAACACUCGCAGUCGGCGCCGAUGCUCGACCCGGACAUGGAGCCGGGCGGCUCGGACGUGGUCGCACAAGCCAUGGCGACGAUGGGACACGAGUCCGGCGACACGUCCGCCAAUGAGCUGUUUGCCGGUUUAAUGGAGAGCUCCCCGCCGCCGCCGCCGCCGCCGCUGCUCGCCUCUCCGCUGUCGCCGUCUGCGUCUCUGCCAUCGCUGGCUGCGUCAGCGCCGCGGCGCAACAGUUCGCUGAUCUGGGCGCACUUUGUGCGCUGGUCGGAUCGCGCUCAGUGCCGCUACUGCGGACGGAUGCUGCAGCGAGGCGCCUCCGCCACCACCAGCUCACUGUGGACGCACCUCAGCCGGAUCCACGGCAUCGAGCGGGGCGGCGCGCCACUGGCCGCUCACCAGCUGCUCAGCUGAGCCGCUCACCAGCUGCUCAGUCUCUCCAUGGAGUGUCUCAGUUAGGAGCGCGCAGUGAUUUAUAUGUGAGCUCCGGUGUGAUAUUUUGGUUUGCUUGUAGUUGCUUAUUUACUUGUCACAAGGGGCUCAUACUCGCCAGGGUGUUUCGUCUAAUGCGUGGUUCACACCAGAUCCGUAAUGACCGUUACGUUCCGUAAUGAAUACGAUGGCGAUUAAUUCGAAUUAUUUUUAAUCAUUGUCACUCAUCGAUUUUAUUGGUUCCUGGCAUGUGUGAAGCCAUAGAAUACAAAGCAAAAAAAAAAUCCACAAAAACUCUUGUUGGGUGGAAGUCUGUAGCCCAGGUUCCACUAUGCGUUUUUCCCGUUGACUUUUGCGAGAUGGCGAGAUUGCGUGGUCAGCUAUAACAGACGUGCGAUUUUGCGUGGUAUGCAUACAAGCUUGGUUGCCAGCCAUGGCAACUGUACAGGUCUCGCGGUUUUAGCGGUAGGUCGCUCGGCGAGCGGGAGGGCAACCAGUUCCGCCUCUGUAUCGGUGACCAUUUGCUCCGCCCAGUUACUCGCGAGCGCAUACUACGGCACAUAGUAAAGUGGGGAGGGGAGGGUUAGAGUGGCAGCCUGCGUAGAGGCUAAAACCAGUUUCUAUCGUCUGGGCCGGCGACACGGCACGCGGUCAGGGGACGGGGAAAGGUUAGAGGUCACUCACAAUAACAACGUUUCCAUGGGCAAUCAUGAUCCGGAUCAGCAAAUUUAAAUCGUAUAAUAUUUCUCGAACUUUUCGUUGCAGGUUAUAAUUCAGAGUGGAUUAGGCUUAUCAGUUAUUCUAUAUUCUUAUUUUCAUAUAUUGGCUAACUAUAAUGGAUUAGCUAAUCCACUUUUGCUGAUUCGGAUCACAGGUGCCCAUGGAAACCGGGCUAAUGUGCAGUACCGCGUCCCGUCCUCUCCGCGUGCUGACCAGCGCACGACCUCGGCCGUUGGCCAAUCGGCAUUGAACGGUCAAGGCCACCCGUAGCCAGCGGGUGGGGUGAGCCGGCAGCGUGCCGAUCCAUAGGUAGUCGUCCAAAGCUUAAAGGGAGUGUGCCACCUUCCAAUGAUUUCCCAUUCUAUUUUUCCUAGGAUAAGAAGCUUCUGUUUUUGCCUAAUAUUGCAAAAAAAAAAAUCAAAAA